AUGCAAGAGGCGUGGUUGGUUAUAGGUGACUUCAAUAGUGUAUUAACUGUUGAUGAUCGAAUCAAUGGGCAACCUGUGCAACAAGCUGAAUUGAUGGAUUUUCAAAGAUUUAUAGCUGACACUGGUUUGGGACAACUUAACAGGAAGAGUUGCCAAUGGUCUUGGUGUAAUAAGAGGGAGGCAAAGCACAUGAUUUAUAGCAACAUCGACUGGGCCUUUGGCAAUGCCUUUUGGCUUACACGAUAUAGUAGUCUUGAAGCUAUAUUUGAAAAGCCUGGAGUAUCAGACCACUCUCCUAUUAUCAUUAACACAGAAGUUAGUCAGGCUAGGAACAUAAUUGAUUCUAUUUACAAUGAUCAAGGAUCUAGAAUCGUUGAGCCAGAACUGAUAGAGAAAGAAUUUACAGGAUUCUUUAAAUCUUUAUUGGGGAAGUCUGCUGCUGAAUUGCCAUGUAUUAUCAAUACAGCCAGAAAUGGACCUUGCCUCACUAAUGAACAACAAGGAGAGCUCAAUAGGCCAAUAACAGAAAAGGACAUAGAUCAGGCCCUCAAAGAUUUGUCUAAUGAAAAAGCUUUACUAGGUAUAGAUGGAUUUCCUGCUGAAUACUUUAAAACAAAUUGGGGUCUACUAGAAGUUAAACAAGCUAUACAAGAAUUCUUUGCAAAUGGGAAGAUGUUGAGGAGUAUUAACUGCACUAUAGUUACACUGGUUCCCAAAGUUAACAAUCCUACAUCUGUUAAGGAGUUUAAACCCAUAACAUGCUGCUCUAUAAUUUAUAAACUCAUCGUAAAUAUUAUAACAACAAAAUUAAAGACUGUGGUUGACUACAUUGUUGUGCCUUCUUAA